CUUCUUCCUCUAUCUGUGCCAAAUUAUAAUCAAUAAACCACACCUUCCAAUUUGUAGCCAUGGAGAAAAUGUUGUAUUACUACAUUCUUGCAUAUGCAUUCCUGACCAUAACCUUUCAAACACCUUGUUCAGCCAAAAUGAACCUUGCCACUGAUCAAACUGCCCUUCUUUCACUAAAACAACACAUCAUCUCUGACCCUUCUCAUAUACUCGCAACAAAUUGGACUAAUUCGAGCUCUGUAUGCAGCUGGAUCGGCGUCUCUUGCAGCUCGCGUCACCACAGAGUAUCCACGUUAAAUCUCUCCUACAUGAAUCUCUCCGGCACCAUUCCACCACAGCUCGGUCACCUCUCCUUCCUCGUCUCCCUCGACCUCACCAACAACAACUUCAGUGGUUCCAUCCCCAAAUCUCUUUCAAACCUAACAAACCUACGAUUUCUUUACCUAAAUUCCAAUUCUCUGAGUGGAGAAAUCCCAAAAGAGUUUGGGAAACAUCGGAAUUUACAAAGGCUGUGGAUCGCUUACAAUCAUCUCUCUGGUGUUAUGCCAUCUGAGAUAUUCAACAUGUCGAAGCUGGUGUAUAUAGAGUUGGCACAUAAUGAAUUGAGUGGAAGUCUUCCAGCAGACAUUUGCAGUGAUCUUCCAUUUCUUGUAGUGAUUUCUCUAUCUGAAAAUCAGCUAAGUGGCGCGAUUCCGACAAAUCUAUCCCUAUGUUCACAGCUGAAGACCUUGUCCCUAUCAAAAAACUCUUUUAAUGGGCAGAUACCUGCAGAAAUCGGCUACUUAACAUCUCUUCGGAUAUUAUACCUCGGUGAUAAUAGUCUGAAUGGUACACUACCUCCUGAGAUUGGCAAUCUUCACAGUCUAGUUAGUUUUAGUGUUCCAAUGAAUAAGAUUGGUGGUACUCUGUCCUCAAAUAUUGUGGUGAAUAUGUCUUCUCUGCAAGGAUUAACACUAUGGUGCAACAAUUUCACUGGGAAUAUUUCAAGGUAUUUUGGGAAUCUUACAAUGCUAACCAGCUUUUCAAUCUCCGAAAACUACAUGACAGGGAUAAUUCCUACCGAAUUUGGCCAACUUCGCCGACUGAAGAGAUUAGCGUUAGGGUUGAACAGCUUUAGUGGUACUAUUCCACACGAUCUCUUCAACAUUUCAACUCUUCAAUACCUUGAACUUGUUCAGAAUGUUAUAUCUGGAUUUCUUCCAGCCAAUCUAUGCCAUACCUCUCCCAUUAUUAAAAAGCUUCAUCUUGGAGCUAACUCAAUCUCUGGACCAAUACCAAAUUCUAUAUCUAAUUGUUCUCAACUCAGGAUUCUCUCACUUGGUGAUAACAAAUUGAGUGGUUAUAUACCUACGGAUCUUGGCAACCUAAGACUUCUCGAAGAACUUUCACUGUACGAAAACAAUCUUAAAAAUGCACCAUCUUCAUCAAACUUGGGCUUCCUUACAUCAUUAUCAAAUUGCAGGUCUUUAACUGAAUUAGUUAUUUCUGAUAAUCCUCUAUACGGUGUCAUUCCAGCUUCUGUCGGGAAUUUAUCUUCCUCACUCGAAAAAUUCGAUUCUUCCCGCUGCAAAUUAAAUGGUAGUAUUCCCGUUCAAAUAGGUGGUUUAAAAGGCUUGACACUCUUGGAAUUAGAGGGGAAUGAGUUAACUGGUAAUAUUCCCCUUUCCAUCAAAUAUAUGCAUAAGCUUCAAGGAUUAUAUCUUGAUGCGAACAAGUUGCAAGGCUCCAUUCCUGAGUCCAACAUGUUGCAUUUAAGCAUACCUUCAAGCAUAUGGGGUCUAAAAGAUUUGCUGGCAGAUGACAAACUUGAAGGUUCUAUUCCAGUUUCCAUGGGAAACAUGAUAAGUUUGGUGAGACUUGACUUGUCCCACAACAACCUCUCUAGUUCAAUUCAAAAGUCUUUGGAAGAACUUCAACUCCUCAACUACUUUAAUGUCUCUUUCAAUUCUCUGAGUGGAGAAAUUCCAAGUGGUGGUUCUUUCAGAAACUUCACUAUGGAUUCUUUCAAGGAAAAUGAGGCGUUGUGUGGAAUUCAAAGGUUCCAUGUCCCAAUUUGUCCAGUUGUUUCUGAUCACAGAACAAAGAGGAAAAAGGUGGAACAAGCUUCAUUUAUUGCGUUUGGGUAUCCAUUGUGCCAGAAAGGAUCGCUUAUUACGAACUUCUGCAAGCGACUGUGCAUUUCAGUGAGAGCAAUUUGCUUGGCACUGGGAGUUCCUUGCUCUGUGUACAAAGGAAUUCUUAACAAUGGGAAGCUUGUUGCAGCCAAAGUGUUUAAUCUUCAGUUAGAAGGUAUUUCAAAGAUAUUUGAUGUUGAGUGUGAGAUUCUUUGUAGCAUUCGACACAGGUGUCUGAAUAGUGUCAUAAGUUGUUGUUCCAACGAAGAGUUCAAGGCAUUAAUACUUGAAUAUAUGCCCAAUGGAAAUCUUGAGAAAUGGUUAUAUUCCCACAACUAUUUCUUGAAUUUCAUGGAAAGAUUGAAUAUAAUGAUCGAUGUUGCAUCGGCUUUGGAGUAUCUUCAUGGUGGCUAUUCGACACCAAUUUUCCAUAGUGACUUGAAGCCAAGUAAUGUCUUGUUAGACGAAGAUAUGGUUACCCUAGUAAGCGAUUUUGGGAUAGCAAAGUUUUUAUGCGAUGGAGAUAGCACGGUGUUAACCAACACCCUAGGAACAUUGGGUUACAUUGCUCCAGAGUAUGGUUCAGAAGGACUAGUCUCCACAAGGUGCGAUGUCUAUAGCUACGGGGUGAUGUUGAUGGAAGUCUUUACUAGAAAAAAGCCAAGUGACGACAUGUUUGUUGGAGAUCUAAGCUUGAAGAGUUGAAUUGAGAGGUCAGUUCCAGAAUUCACAUAUCAAGUUAUCGGUGCCAACUUACUUAUGAAUGUUGAUGAAGAACAUGACGAUAAAAUAGUGGAAUUCACAUCAUCUAUAUUGGAGUUGGCCUUAAAGUGUUGUGCAGAUUCUUCUUAUGAAAGGAUAAAUAUGAAAGAAGCUCUAGCACAGCUGCAGAAAAUCCAACGUGGGUUUUUGAGAUGAAGCGAUAAGGUUGUUCACUCUUUACUAUUGAUUUAAUUAGGUUUAGCUGAAGAUAGGAUUAAUAUAUUUGUCCAAUGACUACUAGUCUUAUCAACAA